CCCAAUGGGUGCUCUGCCUCUUCUUUGUUAGCCUGUACCUACUACCUGGAGGGGGGCUGGGAUGUUUGCCUUCCUCCAGUGAUUCUCUGGAUCAGUGAUGCCUUGCAUCCAUUUGGCCAGGGAACAGAGGCCCUUCCAGCUGCAGUCAGGAACCUUCAGGAGCCUAGGAAGAGCAGUGGCUCUGACUGCUGAGGAUCACUGGCAGGGGACAAUGAGGAUCUCACAGCAAGCAGUAUGGUGCAAGAAACCUGCAUCAUCCACACAUGCAAGAGCUGCCUUGGAAGAGAUCAGGAAGACCAUGUACACCGUUGUCCUGCUCACCAUCACUGCAGUCACAGGAGCCACAGGAAACAGGAUGGCAGCACAAGUGGGUCACAACGCUGUGAUGACCUGCCCUACCAAAACAGAUGCAACCAUGGUGACGUGGAAAAUAAGCCCCAAGAUGGGAGGCCCCUGUAACUUGGGAUACAGGGCUGAUCAGAACAAGACAGACAAAACAAACUGCAGUGACAGGGUGAACUGUAAAUUCCAACCAGAACAGUCCUAUGCCCUCGAGAUACGGCAAGUGGGAAUGGCUGAUGAAGGAAAUUACAGCUGCGAAGUGGUAAAUCAGGAAGGGAAUUUCCACCAGACAUACCAGCUGACUGUGCUAGUCCCCCCAAGGCUGUCCCUGUACUGUGACAACCACAGGAAUGCCGUCUGUGAGGCAGCAGCGGGGAGGCCGGCUGCAGAGAUCUCGUGGGUUCCAGAGAACAACUCCAUGACCAGAACAGACAGCCACGAUAACGGGACAGUGACCGUGCUCAGCAGGUUCACAGCACACAGCACCAACAGGAAGACUGUAACCUGCAUUGUGUACCACGCAACUCUGAAUGAGACCAAAUCCAUAGCCUGCUCCUCACACAGCGUUGCAUGGUUUCUUCACUGUGUCAUCAUCCUUGGUUGUCUGCUGAGCCUCCUUUUCCUUUUUGCUCUUUUUCACCUCUACGAAUUCUGUGAUAACAGGACAACGAGGAACUAGUAAAAGCCAAGGCACGUUCCAUCUGCAGAGCUGUGUCUGGAGUUAUUUGUAACACAGCACCUGAAGAGAGAUGAAAGAAACUCCCAAUCAGUACUGCAAGAUGCAGCAGGGACUCACCAGUGCGAAAGCAUGCAGGAAAAAGAAACAAGCAUCCACAAUGCAGCCAGUGUAACUGCAUAGAAACAUGGCAUGCAGGGCAGAUCCUAUCUGACCUUUGUCAGCUUUUUUAUACCAUUUCCCUAGUGCAACUGUAGAUUUUAUCACCCAGACGACAAGCUGAUACUUAAAAAA